CGGAUACAGUCGGGAGAAAUCCGUCACGCAUGGGCUUGCUUCCGAUGCCCUUAGUUUCCGAUGCUGCAUAUUGAUUUAUUGAAUCACCUCACGCGCCAGUCAAAUAUAUGGCAAAUUCUACAAGUUCUGGUCGUAAGGCUAAGGCUGAUGAAAAUAACAACGGGAGAUGCGUGGGUGAGAUAAGCCCAAUCAACUCAGGCUCUUCUAUGAAAGAUGCGACUGGUCCCAGAAGGUCUAUCAGAGAAACUUCAUCAAAGAAGACCACUCCUAGUCCUUCAAGUAUUCGAAAGUCCGAGCGACUUGGAAAGAGUACAUCACUAAGUCCUCUUGUCAGGAGGAAGUCUGAAAGGGUUGAGAAACAGAAGAUGCCAAGUCCUUUGAGGAGAUCUACAAGAACUAAGAAUUACUCUGAUGUAGCUACAUCAGGUUCCAAGAGAUCUGACCCAUUAGAUUUAAAGCAGAAAAAGAAAAAAAAACACAAGAGUGUAAAAAAAUUAACAUUUGAAGCUGAAAAAGCUGAAAAUGAAGAAAGUGAUGGGGGAACUUCUCCGGUAAAGAGGAAGAGAAUGGAUGCUCGUGCUUUCCGGGCUAUGUUAAAGAAGAAACCAAAGAUAGAUUGUCCUGAGAAGACAAAUGAGAAAGAUAAUUUAAUUCAAGAAGGUGACAACAAUGCUGAGGACAAGAUUGAUGAGCACUCCAAAGGGAGUAAUUUAGAUUGCAAAGAAGUUUCCAAUAAUGGAAUGCUACCACCUGAUGAUGCCAAGGGGUUAGUUAACCUUUCUGCUCUUGAGAGGUGAAGCUGAAUCCACCUUUGCUGCAGAAAUUUCUGAGGAAGGCGUUGACUGCCCACCUUCAAAUGGUGUCUCUGCAGAG